CUUUGACCAUUGCUGUGCAAGUCAAGAACUUCUGAAUUCCACCAUGACUACCUUGCCGGAAGCCAAUGCCAAACUUGCCCUUGACUAUUUCCGUCACCUGAGCGAACAGCACCCAUGUGACAAUCUCUUGUGCUCGCCUGUGAAUCUCACCUGUUCCCUUGGCCUGCUUCUUUAUGCAUCUAGAGGUGGUACUGCAGCUGAGCUUGAAAAGGUACUCCACUGGGAUGAACUGAAAGAGUCUGAGAAAGUCAGAAACAAACGAUACUUGAUGACUCGGAUACGAACAAGUGCUUCACCAGUAAAGUUUCAAGAAAAAGACAAGAUCUAUCCCGGACACAGACGCUAUCCUGAACAACAUGCUAAAUCUUGCGACGACAGACUACACCCACAUGAACCACACCAUGCUAGGCCUAGCGACAGGAGACGACCAGCUCCUGAACCAGAACAUACUAAACCUCAUGAUGAGAGACGACAAGCCCCCCAGCGCCCACCUGGCCACCCUGAGCCUGAGGCACCAUCUUGUCCUCAAACAAGUGUUCCAGAUUAUAAAUGUGAAGAUCCUGAAGGAGUCCAUACAGGAUUCAGCAAAAUCCUUGAACAACUUAACAAACCCAGCACCGAUUAUUUCUUGAGUUUUGCCAACAAGCUGUUUGGAAACUAUGCCUUCAUCCAGAAAUUCCUUUUCUGUGCUUUGAAACUGUACUUGACUGAAGUUGGUAGAGCUGACUUUCAUAAUACCCCUGAAGAAGUGAGGAGACUGAUAAACCUGUGGGUUGAAGCCCAGUCACAUGGUGAAAUCAAGGACCUUCUCCCUGAGCAGAGCGUGGAUAGUCUGACUCAGCUGCUGAUGGUGAAUACCAUCUACUUCAGAGGACUAUGGGAAAUUCAAUUUAACAAAGAGCUCACCGAAGAAGCCCCAUUUUAUACAAAUGAGAAGGCCUCUCAUACUGUGCAGCUGAUGCACACCAGGGGUACCUUCAACACAGGGAUGGUCCAUCUAAACAACACUGAGGUGCAAAUUCUGGAGAUUCCAUACAAAAACCAUGAGAUGAGCUUGUUCAUACUGCUACCAAAAGCUGAAAAUCCCGAUUCCUGUCUACAGCUGGAAGAUGCGCUCUCCCAUGUUGAACUGCUUGACUGGUCCAGUUAUUUGAAGCCUGAAGAUGUGAAGGUGGCCAUUCCCAAAUUCAGCAUGGAGAAGACGGCCGAUGCAGACAAGUACUUAAAUCUGUCACAGAUAAGUGAUUCUGAAAAGGCUGAUAUCUCUGGAGCAAUAACCAUCCAUGGGGUGGCUCUGUCUCAGCUUGUCCAUGACACUUUCUUUGAGGCUGAUGAAGAGGGUGCUAAAGAACCUGCAGCAAAGGAGGACCAAGCCUCUAAGAGUCACCGUCAUGGACCUGUGCAUUUUGUGGCUGACCAUCCUUUCCUUUUCUAUGUUCUUCACAAGUUUACCCAAAGCAUUAUUAUCUUUGGUAGAUUCUCUAAACCAGAGUGAAAGAAUGAUUCUAUCCAUGCAACUUAAAAUCAGUGGGAAAUAACUAUGGAAAAGGGUUUUAGACCAAUGAAUUCUUUUGGAUUUCCCCCUCUUGGCCUCAGGCUCAUUGGAUUAAUUUGGGCAAAGAAAAUUUUUAUGUGGUGAGGGAUCUAAUUUGCACCACUGAUUUUAAAGUGGCUUUGUUGUCCAAUCUCCUCUCACAAUUUUGCUUCAGGUCACCUUUUUAUUAUUAAAAGAAUAGCCUUCUUCCUGAUCUCUAUUAUCCAACAAAACAGUCACAAAAUACUUGAUUCAGACAUCUGAUUUAGGCAUCAACAU